GAAGGGAGGAAAAAUUAGCUCAAAGUGCCUAUCCAUCUACUAUCUAUAUAUUACCUUUUAAUAAAUAUUGUUCAGCACAUCAUCCCCUUCAAAUUUUGCCUCCGCAGGACAAUCCUUAUUAUGAAUUUCUGAUACGUCCAGCAAAGGAAGAAUGCACGUUUGAAACUUAUACGGCAAUGCAAUACAAGCAAAAGUAAAAUGGCAGCUAUCUCGAAGUUUACACAUAGGUGUGCGGGGAAGGCAGAGGUUGGGAGGGGUAUGAUGUAUCUUUCAAAUGAAAAUAGUAUUUAUAAAGAUGAACCACUAAUGGCCAUUCCACAGAGAUUUCCCUUGACCGUGCCCAAGCGUUCUUGGAUUGUCAAAACGGAGUCAAAUGUCAGGAACGAAAAAAGAAGAAGGCCGGACCCUCCUUGCAUCAUAUGUGAAGGAGCAGGAAAAAUAAAUUGCAGCAGAUGCCGAGGAAGAGGUCGUAUAAAUCUCAUACAUCUUGCUAUGCUUCCUAAGGGCGAAUGGCCAAAAUGGUGUGACAACUGUGGUGGAAGUGGUUUGAUUUACUGUUCCCGUUGCCGGGGCACAGGGAAGUACAGAGCAGGAUUAUUUGAAUUUCCAAUGACAGAUGCAGGGACUUCCAACAAAGAGGCUGUGGAAAAACAAUUAGACAUUCAGGAAGGAACUGUAGGUGAAUCACGCAGAAAAACAUAAACAGCCUGUGGAACUGUAAUCUUAAGAUGCAGAUUAUUUUUUGUGGAUUUUUAUUAUGCGUCAUGUACUAAAAUUUGUAUACAAAAUAAAACAAAAUAUCAGAUUGACUACAGCCAACUACCAGGUUCACGAGUUAUACAUCAUAUAUAAUAUGGACAUUGGCAAGAUGGUUUUUAAGGUUGCUGAUCUGAGGAAAAACAUAGCUAAAUGUUCUUUUGAUCCAAGUACAGAUUUACUGUUGCAAAUAGUUGAGUUAGUUAUAUUAUAGCAGAAGUGGGUCUCUCCUCAUUUGGUAGAGUGAUAACAUGUUUAGCUAGUAUAUUGACAACAUGAUAUCUUCAGCGUGUUCAGUGAAUAGUUUGGAUAUUUUUAAAUUUUUUGACAUCUAGAAGGGUGCAUGUAUUUGCAAGAAGAGAUCAAUAGAUGCUGGUUGGGCAUUGAUUAGGAAGUUAUUUUCCACGUUGGAUUAAAUGGAUGACACCAUAGCAUCUCUUUCGGUGGACAGAUUAUUACUCCAGUGUUGGUUAGCGAUAAUAACUCCCCAUAGACAUGAUAAGAGCUCGAAAGUGAAAAACAUUGAUUAUGUUUUUUCCACGAUCCACUCUAUAACCCUGCCUUAUAAGGAUAUCAUCAAAAUUGAGGCUCCAUUAAAAUUGAUCUUGAUCUAACGUUUAGGAGAUCAUUGAAUAAGUGGAUGAGUUGUGAACCAUAUGUUUUUGUAAUGAAAUGGUAGGCAUUAGUACUGUGAUGUAUAUUUUUGGAUA